AUGUCGUCAACCUGGAAAGCUAUCGGCCUUUAUGAACUUGGCUUAGGGAGGAACUAUGGAAUCAAUGGGAAUGGCCUUUCCGGAUUCGAUAAUGUUGGAGUUGAUGGCUUCACGAUGGAAAAACUGGCAAUCACCGCAUAUGCCUCACCUGGCUUCUGGGUCGGCCAAAUGGGGCUGUUGCCAUUGCCAUUAAAUUUCUCAGAGACGAUCAAUUCGCCAUCGCUGAUAUCAGCUCUCAAAGACGAGGGUCACAUACCAAGUCUAUCCUACGGAUAUCAGGCUGGUGCCCAAUACCGCGGAAGAAAAGUACCUGCAAGCCUAGUACUUGGAGGUUACGACCUUUCGCGCUCUUCCGAGCCUCUCACAAUCGACAUUAAUAUCGUCGACAUGGCCAAAGCUCUCACAGUAGGGCUUCAGGACAUUAUAGUGACCAAUACACUCAACGGCACGCUCUCGAUGGUCGACAAUGAACGAAUACUCGCUCCGAUCGACUCGUCAAUUCCUGAAAUUUGGCUCCCAAAGUCAGUUUGCGAUCGCUUCGAGUCCGCUUUCGGCUUGGAGUACCACGAUGGGACCGGCAGAUACGUCCUCACGGAUCAGGCCAGGGAUCGCCUUCGUGAGCUUAAGCCGACCCUAACGUUCACCAUCGGUGCUGAUGCCGUGACGGGCGGUAACACCACGCUGAUUCAGAUUCCAUAUGAAGCUUUCGAUUUGCAAAUUGGAUAUCCCAUCUUCGCAAACGCAACGAACUAUUUUCCAAUUCGAAGAGCAAAUAACGAGAGUCAGUACGCGAUCGGCAGAGCAUUUUUGCAAGAAGCUUACAUCGGCGUGGAUUUCGAAUCUGGUAUCUUCAAUGUCAGUGCUGCCAAGUGGGACAACCUGGAGCCAAACAUUGUAACGAUCUCGAACAAAGAACGUGAUUUAGGAACCGCCCGAGGGGGCUUGUCCGGUGGUACGAUUGCUGGCAUUGUCGUUGGCUGCGUAACGGCAAUACUGUUGUGUAUCGCGGGCACAUGGCUCUUCGUGCUGAAACCGAGGCGAAGGCGAAGGCAAACCACAGCGCUGGAUGAACCAGAUGAGAAGAUAGCUCGAGACGCGCUGCACUCAGCUCCAGAGCUGACAGGUACCUCCGUCCAUGAGUUGCCAGCAAAGCACGGCCAUCACGAACUCGGCGAGAUGAAGAUGGUACCUGAGCUGGGAAAUGAAGAGCUUGUUCAUGAAUUGCCUUCGGAAGGCGGUCGGUGA